CGGGUCUCUUGAGUGGCACGAAUCGCGAACACGGAACAUUUUUUUAGCUUUUUGUUUCUUUUUCCCGGGUUCGUCGAUAUCGAUAGUGUUGAAUUUUUCGGCAAUUUGCGUUUAACAGUGCUUUCGCGAGUUUAGUUACGAAAUUCAUGGUUGGUCGUAUUGGACCUGAAAUUUCUUAAGUUUUGAGCUUUCUUCGUAUUUGCACAUUUUUGCACACGCGUUUGAUGGGUAACAGCAGAAAGUGUUAGAAAGAGAGAGAAGAGCAGUGGGAAAAGAGAGGGGAAAAGAUAGUGGAGACAGCUGGAGUGUCCGCAGAGUGGUGGUAUUUCUUGUACAGUGUAUCAUUUUUUUUGACAACAAAAUUUACGCUUUAUAAACUUGUGAACAAGCUUGGCGAUAAAAGUUCGAGCGAAUAGACAAAGGAAUCAAUCUUUUUCGAUAUCUAAAAUAUAGUUUUCGGAAAUAAUAUCAGUGCAGAAAAAUGUCCCUAAAAGGGGAUAAAGUGCUGUACGCCCGUCUUUGCCACAUUGUCAAGUGGGACGAUUUCGACGGUUACGGUUUCAAUCUGCACGCGGAACGUGGCAAAACCGGUCAGUUCAUCGGCAAAGUUGACGAUGGCUCGCCGAGUCAAGCGGCUGGUUUACGUCAGGGUGACCGUAUUAUUGAAGUCAACGAAAUAAAUAUAUCGAACGAGACACACAAACAGGUGGUCGAUCGCAUCAAAGCAUUUCCGAAUGAAACCAAAUUACUCGUCGUCGAUCAAGAAGCUGACGAUUAUUUCAAGACCAACAACGUUAUUAUCAGGGGCACAAUGACUAACGUCAAGGUGAUCAAGACACCGGAGAGGAAUCCGGCCAGUCUCGAACACGAGGCCAGAUCCGAUGGAAGCGUCAGCUCGAUCGAUGAUAACACACACAAGUCGAUCGGCUCGAACGACACGUCCUCGAACAGCGAGAGCACGGCAGCUGCAACGGCGACACCGACGAACGACGAGGCGAAUUCGAGCGACGAAACGACUCGGGAGAACGGACGUGGCAGCCUGAACAACAGCGUUACUCACGAGACGACGAGCAACGACACGAACCACGAUUCUCAGGCGAGCGAGAACAGCGACGACGCGACGCAGCAGCAUCACGGAAACGGAAAUAUCAACGACAACUCCAAUGAGAACAGCAAAGGACUCAACUUGAAGAUGAGCGCGAAAGAGCUCCGCGCCAGGCUCGCCGCGCGCAAAAAAUACGACCCGAAAAAAGAGUCGAUCGGCUUCAAAGACAAAUUCGAUAUCGUCCAAAAAUUGUAAUUUCUCAUACUGAAAUAAUUCCAACAACGAAAUCAUUGUAAAAACUAUCGCUCGCACUGCGCGAGCAGCGAUGAAAACAUAAUUAUAUAUUUUUACAGAUCGACGCCCCGAAUCGAUGUACUUAAGCACCGGAUGCUCCGCAUCUCGGUUUCUUACUCACGACCUUUUUGUUUCCCAACUUCUAAUCAUUCGCUCCUUUCUCAUGAAAAUACCGAAUUGUUGCAGUUUCGGGGAUUCUUUGACGUAGAAAACAAAGUUUCCUUUUCGCGUUUUUUUUUUUUUCAACUCCCCCGGAAACGAGAUUCCGAGCCUUUCUUUCCUCCUUCACGGGAGUUUGGAAUACAAUUUUGCCUUAAUUCAUAAUUUAUCUACAUCGUUAUCCACCGAGUUGUCGAAUUUUUCGAAGGCAAUCCACCCAUUCGUCCCUUUUUCUUUUCGCUCGUUUCCCAUUUUUAUUUCCCCCCCCCGUUUUCGUCUCGUUGCAGCGCAGCAACGCUGUAUAAACUCUAUUAUUUCUCCACCGCUCAAUUACAUCUGUCCUGUCUUUUCUCGCAUCUUGAUGUCGUCACGCUCGGUGAACAUGCGCUCGAUAUCAAAUCUUUGACUCUCAAGGAUCAAAGAGAAGAAGGAAAAACAAGAAUAGCGAGGCCAUUUUUCUAACUUGCGGAGUGAUUCAAUUUCCGGUGAGAAAAAUCCGAUUUUCCGAUCCUCGUUAUUCUUCCUUCUUUUCUACUCUGCACACUGUACAUUAUUCACCUGAUCCAUCAAUCGUCUCGAAUGUUAUUGGACGCUUGUUCAUCGUGCUUCGCUGGCGAAUAAAGAAAAAAUGAAAAAAAAAAAUAAAUAAAUAAAUUACCAAGUGACACUUAAAGUUGAGAAACGACCGAGAGAAUUCGAGAGCAAACAAUAUCGUAAAUGCCUCCCAGUUGAAAGGCGAUACAACCCCAAUUGGAUGUUUCCGAAGUAAAGUAAUUCUCGAGUUUAGCUGCUCCUGCGAAUUUCGUUGAAAAAAUAUAUGUUAAGAGAGAGAGAGAGAGAGCGAGAGGGAAAACGUUGAACGCCACGACGACACGCGUCCUUACCGCGAAUCGUCGAUUCUCUCGUCUCUCUUAUGCAAUUUACAAUUAUGGGCUCCGUGUGUCGCCAUUACGCGUUCGGGCUCACGUCACGAUUACACACAUCAAACGAGAUGACACAAUUCGUCGCCCGCCCCCCCUACCCGCUAUUUCCCCUCGUGCAAUGUGCUUAAAUGGAAAAAAUGUUAUUCGUUUCUUGUAUUUUUGGUUCGUCAUCUCGUUGCAUCGAGUCCGCUUAAUUCUCGUUAGUAUCUCACGGAUUGUACGACUUGGAAAAAGGAUUCGUAAAAAUCAUGAAAUUGUUGACAGAGAUUUUUUUAUUAAAUUGAGAAUAAUUGAUCGAACGAUUUGCCUGUGAGCAAAGAGAAGAAUCGUCGUGUUUCAUUCACUCUGAAAUGUACAUAUAAACCGUUUAUUUAGAAUAUAUACUUGCAUAUUCACGUUUAUGCAUUUGUUUGUGCGUAAACACGUACCUCUAUCGUCGCGUAGGAAAAUAAUAGCUGCAGACAGCGAGACGUUUGAAGAAGAAAUCAAUAAAGUGUUACUUUUAUUCGAAAUAAAUGGCGACUUUGCGCACACGUACGCGUUUACGUUUGACACACAUCACCCCGAAAAAACGUUCACAUCAAAUGUUACAUACACACGUAUUAAGUAAUUUAAGUCCGCAUUAUUUCCUCCUUUCGUUCUAGAGCGUGUAAUAUUAUUGGAAAGCAUACGUGUUUAAAAAUAUACAUAUACUGAAUAUGCGAA